AUGGUGAGGAACGACAAUGUGGUCGCCAGGAUAUUUCAGCGCCAAAUCAAAACUCCUCCUCCUGGCACCAGCGUUCAUUGUGCUAGGCGAUUCUACGAGAAUUUAGUGCCUAGUUUCACCAUAUAUGAUGUUGAAUGCCCCGAUCAUUCAUUCCGCAAAUUCACCGAUGAUGGUCGAUACCUCAUUAGUUUUAGCAGAAAUCACCAGGAUCUCGUUGUUUAUAGACCCACUUGGCUCUCCUAUUCCUACAAACAAGAAGAUUGUCAUCUUCCGUCAAGAGCUAAGAGGUUUGACAGCUUCUUCAAUCAACUCUAUUGUGUCUCUCUUGCUUCCAGCAACGAGGUUAUUUGCAAAGAUUUCUUCCUAUAUGUCGACAGCUACCAGUUUGGACUAUUUGCUACUUCCACUGCUCAAAUUCAUGAUGCGCCUGCUAUUGGAGGGGCUAUUCAAGGAGUCCCGUCCAUAGAAAGAAUUACUUUUCACCUCUUGAGGUUGGAAGAUGGGUUGAUACUGGAUGAGAAGGUCUUUCGCAAUGAUUUUAUUAACUUGGCCCAUAACAUGGGUGUCUUCUUGUAUGAUGAUUUACUGGCCAUUGUGUCACUUCGCUAUCAAACAAUACACAUUCUCCAAAUUAGGGAAUCCGGUAACUUUGUCGAUGUGCGUGCUAUAGGUGCAUUUUGUCGUGAAGAUGAUGAACUUUUUCUUAAUUCUAGCACUCAGUGCAUGGCAGUACCUGACAAAAGUAAACUGCAUCAAUCAUCUGGGAAUCAUGUCGAUAAUGGCGUGCAUAGUACUCAUCCGAAUUCAGACAAUUCUUUUCUAAGCUGCAUUAAACAACGCUUGCUUUCAUUCAUUUUUAGACGAAUAUGGAGUGAAGAAACUGACAAAAUCCAGGUUGGUUAUUUGGUGUUUCAAUUCCAUGUUAUGUUAAGGCCUCAAGACAAUCUUUGA